AUGGCUGAAAAUUGAUGAUGUCUACAAUAGUACAAUAGUAUAUAGACUAGUCCGAGAAGUUGUUUGACUUAUUUAUAUGUAUACAUUACAUUCUAAGAUCUACAUAACUAUAACCCACAUAAAAUGAUUUUCAUAGCAUCAUUUAUUUAGUUAUUGACUAAAAAAAAAAAGAAAAUGUUUGCAAAACUGAAGAAAAAAAUUGAGACUGAAGCUGGAACCAUUUUAUCACCUGAGACUCAAGGAAAAACUUCACUAGGACGUAGAGAUUCCAUUUCCAGCCUACCCAGAGCAGGAAGUAUUCAGCAUCUUGGACCAUCUCCGCCAGGCAGUAUCACAAGUGAAGAUUUAUCUAUACGUGAUGUAAGUAACUUCAGAGAUGAACUAGCUGUUUUGUUGCAGAAGAAAUCAGAGCAAUGUAAAAAGUUGGAAGGAAAUAUCAGUGAUUUAGCAGCACUUGUAAAAGAGAAAACAAAGACUAUUGAGAAGCUAGAAUCAAGUAUCAAACAGCAGGAAGAAGUCACCAACAAGAAGCUACAAGAACAGAAAGAAGAAUUUGAGGUGUACAGAGAUAAAUUAAUAGAAGGUUAUCAGACUGACAAGCUCAAACUAGACAAGGACAAAACUGAGCUUCUAGAAAAACUAGCAGACGCAGAGAAAUUUCGAGCUCUGUACUUCAAGAGAGAAGAGGAGAGCGAUGAGUUUGAAGGUCUAGCGACACAAGAGUUGUCGAAGAUCAAACACUUGCUGUUGAAUACAGAGGAAGCUCUAAAUGCUUGCCGCAAUGAACUAGAAACUAAAUCACGCCAGUGUCAUGCAGCUGAAACUCAGGUAGAAAGGUUAACAGAUGAGUUAGCUCCCUUAAAACAGAAGUUGGCCAUUCUGGAAGCUGAUAAUAUGAAGUUGAAGGAAGAAACUGCAGAAAGAGCAGAGUUGGUGAUAUCACUGAGUAAAGACAAGUCAGCCUUUGACAAGAGACUUGAUGAACUCAAUAAAGAGAUGUUAGAGAAACAGAACCAGCUGUCCAAACUUCAAGAGCAAUAUUCAGACAUGGAUGGUGAAUAUAAAACAUUUUUACGUAAUUCAGAUCUUCAGAGAAAUAAGACCAGCAAGCUUUUAGAAGAGAAAGAAGAUAAGAUUGAUGGACUGCUAGAGCGAGUGAAAGUCUUAGAGCAGAGACUGGCUGACUCAGGUCUCUCUGGAGAUGAGCGUACAAGUGCCCUGAAUGCUGAGAGAGAAAGUCUGGAGAAGAAACUUGAAGAAGCCAGGCAACAGUUGACAGAGGUGAAAUCUACCUGGAGUGACAAGAUCAGUCAGUUAGAACAUCAGAUUUCCAACUUAAAUGCUAAAAUUGUUGAAGACAGUGAAGAUUUAGCUAACAACCAGAAGUUUACAGAGCAGAUGAGAACUAGCUACAAUAAACAAAUAGAAGAUUUACAUGCGAAAUUGGAGGAUGCUGAAAAUCGAGCAUUAGAAAAUUUAGAGUUGACCUCAUCCAAAAGUUUUCAUUAUGAAAAACAGAUUGAUGGGUUGGAGACAGAGUUGAACAAACAAAAGCUUUUAGUGUCUACAUUACAAGAGAAUAUUACUGAGCUAGAAACACAGAAACUGAAGAGGAAUGAAGAAUCUGAGAAAACUAUUUCUGACUUGAAGCAACAAAUUGUGGAACUAAAAAACAAAGAAACAAACCUUUUGGAUGAAGUGCAGAAUCUUAAGAAUGAAAUAGACAAAUUAUUGAAAGAUAGUUCAGAUAAAGAUCUACAUAUUCAAUCUCUACUGGACCAAAUACAACAAAAGGAAAAUGACUUUAUACUUCAGAAUCAUUCAAAUUCCAAUUUACAAGAACAGUUAGUCACCUUAGGAAAUGAUGUGGACAGACUGCAAUUAGACAAACAGGAACUCAAGACAAACUUAACAACUGCUGAGAAUGAGAAAGAGAAGCUACUUGAGAGAACUGCUGACCUGCUGAAAGAAAGAGAAAACUUGCAAUCCAUCAACUCAAACCUCAAAUCAGAAUAUGAAAGAGCUCUGGAAAUGAAGUCUCAGACUAUUGAAUCAUUACAGAGAACAGAAGCCGGACUCAGACAGAAACUAGACUCUCUAGAGAGACAGAUUGAACAAAGUGAGUUGAGUAAAGCUGAGUCUGGUUUGUAUUCCAGUAGGAUUGAUGAAAUGAGUGAAAUGAUUUCCUCACUACAGAAUCAGUUGGCAGAUAAAAACAGGACAGUGAAGAAACAAGAACAGACAAUCAAAGAUCUAAGGACCACUCUACAACGUGAGCUUAAAGUUCAAACAGUUCCUAGUGAAGAUGGGCUCGACCAGACUACCAAUAACACUGUCACCUCAUCGCCUGCCAUCGCUCGUAAAUAUGACAGUUACCAACAGCAGCACUCUCAGCAGAACCAGGCCGGUGUGACAAGUAGCAGCCGCACAGCUACUAACCCAGCUCCAGCUGUACUUUCCCUCCAGACUUCCUCCUCCAAUAUGGUGACAGUGACAUCGUCGUCCUCAUCUGUGCCAGGGAGUCCCCAUGAUGCCAUGCUGGCCCACUCGACAAUAGUAAAAAGAGAACUAGACAAAGAUGUUAAUUUUUUAUACUUAAAGCAUGUGGUCUUGAAAUUCAUGCUUAGUCGAGAGUCAGAAGCCAUUCAACUGAUCAAAGCUGUCUCCAUGCUGCUCAACUUUUCACAUCAAGAACAGCAACUCAUCAAGGAAACAUUAGAAUGGAAGAUGUCUUGGUUUGGGCACCGGCCUCCCUUAGGCAAAGGACAGACAUCAAAGGUUAUUCCACCCACAUUAUAGCACAGAGCAAUGUGUUUAGUCCCUUUCAUUCAACUCAUUUAUAUAGGUCAUAGUUGUAAAGUGUACAUACAUUAUUUAUUUGUGCUAUGAAGACUUGAACUUGUGUGCAAUCUUUAUGUUCCCCUCUGUUCAUGAAACUAAAGUUUGUUGGGUUUUUUUUUAAUUUAUAGUUCCUUUUUGAAAUCAGUUUACUGAAUUUUUAUAGAACUCAUGGAAAUAUUAAUAACUAUUACAAACAUAUAAUAUACUUAUAUAUAAAAGCAUUGUAAGAACAUAAAGUUUAUUUUUGUUUUAAACUAUACAACAGUUUCCCUGUAGUGACAGCACUGAGCUUAUGAUAUAGUAUGUAGGGGGGGGGGGGGGGGGUAUGAAAAUCACUCAAACAAAAAUGUCAUUCAAAUUUUUGUUGACCAAUUUCACUCUUAAUGUAGACAAAUUUAUUUAAGGUCAAAUAAACUACAUCUUGUUUAAGAAGCUAGUUUAAUUUUAUUUUUUUAAUAUAUUAGUGUAAUGCAAUAUAGCUAUAUUUUUCAAUUGAUAAAUAUUGACUAGGUCAGUUGUUAAGAAUAAAUUUUCUUAUAGUUAACAAUAGUUGUUACUCUGUAUAGCAGAUAUAAUUUAUUGUUGAACAUCUCUAAAUUAACUCUUUUUUUAAUUGAAUGCCUAGUUUGUUUUAGUGAUUUGUCCAGCCUAGGCUUUUUUUUUUUAAAUGUAACAUGCUUGACCUUGCAUUUUGUUGCAAAAAAAAAAAAAGCCUCUGAAGAAGUAAAGGUGAAGUAGCCCUGUUAAGUUUAAUCAAUAUGUGGGGGUGUGUGGCAUAAACCACUUUGAUACCUAUCAAGGGGGAUUGAGUUGAAACCCCAACGUGAGCUGAUUUAUGAUUUCUGAGCUCCAGAAGUCAGCAUGGAAACCUGCCAGUAGCCACUCUCCCCACUGGUCCAUAAAAGAAAUUGGACCAUAACACACUGAGCAGCCGAAAGCAAUUAAAUUUUUUAAAACAAUAGGAUAAACCUGUCAUGAGAAGUAAACUGCUUGGAUUAUUGUGAGAUGUAGUGGAUACAAAAUAUUUUAAAAUAUUAUUCCUUUUUUUUUUUUUUACCUUCUGCCCUGGCUGUAGAUAAAUUAUGUGCCUUAUUAGUGAUAGUGUCAAUAGCUUUGGAAAUAUUAAGAUAUUAAUGAAGUUUAAAAUUUUUUUUAAUGCAAUGAGAGAUGAAAAUACCUUCUAUAGAACUAAUAAAACAGUUGAUAUUAAUAAAGCUAGGAAAGUUGCAGUCAUUAUUUGUAUUUGUAAAUGUGGAUGUUUGAUACAUGAUCCAUAAUGUCAUAACUGACUAAUAUGCCCUUUUUUUAAUCAUUGACACUCGCUUCUGAAAAAUUCACCAACAUUUAUAAAAGCACAUCAUUGUGUCCUAUAAUAUCCAUUUGAUAUGCAGAUAAGGAAACUUGUACUCUUGAUUAUUGUGUUGACUUCCUUGUUUAUUGUGUUGGUUAUGUCCCAUAUUAAUUGAAAACUCCGCUGCCUCUUUAUUCAUGUGAUUUUGUUGCUAUUGGAAUUUACUAUACAACUAUUAUGUGGGUCCCAUGACAUAAACUUGUAUUACUUGUACUAAAUCAAUCAUUCAAUCAUUUUCUGGUUUAUUUGUUUAAGACUGCAAGUCUGCUGUGUUACUAUAUUUUACUUUGUAUGCAAGCUUAACGUUUUAAUAGAUGUUACAACUGAUAUACCACACAAAGGUCGCUGUCAUGUGAUGGCAACUAUAUUUACUGCUUAGAUCUUCCACUGCUCUUCAAUUCCAUUUACCCUUCUUAUAUCUAGUUUUCUGAAAGACUUUAAAAAGUGUUUUUUUAAGAAAUCAUUUAUAAGUCAACUAGUUAAUGAAGUAAUUUAUAAUCAACAUAGUAAAACUCAAGUUUUGUGACAUUGACCCUUGAAACAUGCAUGUUUGCAAAGCUGAUAGCAAUUUUAAUGCAAGUGAUUAUUAAAAAAUGGUAUCGAUCUGUUCCUCUUAGCUAUCUAUCAUAAACUAUAAACUUAAUAUAUUUUUUAAAAAACAUAUUCUUUUAUCUCAUUUAACCUAAUUUCAUUAUUUUUGUCAAUCUAAAGACAGUUAAAACAAUUUAAAUACUUAGAUAUGGAACUUUUAAUUUUUUUUACAUUAGCAAACAUUAGGUUUCAUUCUCUAAACAUUGUCAUAUACCAGUAUAUAUACAUAUAGACAGAGAUUUGUUUUUGGUAAAUUGUAUUUUUUCACCAAGAUAUAUGGUACAGUACUAUUUAUUGUACUGUCUGUAUCUUUACAGAUUGGAGUAAUCAUUCCGAUUUGGAAUAAGGUGUCAUGAUUAUUUCUUAGUCUAAUUGAUUGAGAUUGUUUUUAAAAGCCAUUUUGGUUGAACAUAUCUAGCAGGGGAAUUUCUAACAUUUGUGUUGUGAUUGUCAAGUUUUUUUUUGUUAUUUAAACACAAUCAUUACUGUUCAACUAUUAAAGUAAAAUAUCUUUUUAAUUUUUUUUUAAAUUUUUCUUUUUUUUUUUCAUUUUGUUGUUAAACCUGUGCCAUUGUUUUUCUUUAAAGGAUGUUCAGAUUAAAAAAAAAAAUUAUGAUUUUUUAUAAUAAGGUUGUGAAAAAUGUUCAGUAUAGAAGUCAACAUACUGGAAUGCAACUUACCUGGUCAUUGAUUUGUUCAUACAAUUGAAUCAUUAUUUUAGAUCACAUCACAUGACUAAUACGGGAAAUUCGCUUAAUAGAUGUUGAGAGGACUAAGUCAACAGUGAUGUACACAAAACCUGACUGAAAACCUAUUGAGACAGCCUGGUCUAACAGAGCCUGACUGAAAACAUAUUGAGACAGCCUGGCCUAACAGAGCCUGGCUCACAUUUGAGUUGCAAGAGUUGAAAGGAAUUCAUUGCUUAUAAUUCAUCUUUUUUUUUUUUGUCACAAAAAAUUCUUUUAAAAAAAUCUUCUCCAAAUUUAUAAAUUAGCAAAUGUCUUCAUUUGGUUAGUGAUAUCUUUUUUUUAAUUAAUGUGUUUAGAAAUGGAUGUUUUGGGUCAUGCAUUAUAAUAAGUCAAACACUGCCUUAGUACUAUGCACAAACAUGUAAAUUUCUUUUUUUUUUUCCUAGGCUGUCUCUUCAGUUGUUGCUAUUAUUAUUAUUAUUAUUAGAAUUUUUUCUCUAUUUAUUUGCAGCUAAUAAUAAUAAUAAGUUUCAGUUUGUACUUCAAAAACUCAAUCUGGACAACAGAAAUAUUCUCAAUGUUUAUAGUCAGAAAUUCUGAAUGAUUGAAUAUAUUAUAAUGAGAGAUUUGAGAUUGGACGUUAUUAAAACCAUAUAGUUUAAUUUCUCAUUUGAUUUAGAUGAUAGUUUUAUUACUACUAUUUAUGGUGCUGCUUUUUUUUUCUAUGUUUUAUUGUAAUGUCUACACUUUAGUUACUUAUAUAUCAUAUAUUUUUGAAGAAAUGUAGAGAUUUUUUUUAUACAAGGGCAUAAUUUAAAAGUUUUUAGUGAUGUAUCUGUGAUUUAAAGAGUUUAAACAUGUGUAUUACAAAUGUAGCUGAAAGACUCGAUGUAACAGCUUUACCUGUCCUGGAGCACUAUAACUGCUAUGUGAAAAAAAAAAAAUUCUCCACCUUCCAAACAGUACAGCUUUUUUUUUUCUGAUGUAUAAUUUUUUAGAGAAUUAGGAAAAUUUAAACAGAACUAGCAUUUUUUUUUAUUCUUGUAUUAAUUUGUUUAAAAAAAAAAAAUUCUCCUGUCUUUGCUUUUUUCCCCACCUCUAGUCAACAUUGUAUCAACAUAAUUACCUAUUUGUUACUGAAAAAAUUAGUAUUACACUGUUUGUAAUACUGUGUGUGUUAGUCUAUACAUUCUGGGUUACUUCUGUGGUCACAUGGCUUGUUUCAUUCAUUCAAUGGGGUUUUGUUCUAUAAACCUAAUAAACACAUGAUUACCAUAA